AUGUCGACGAAAUUCACAACGGGUUAUUUGAAAUCAAUAGCUGCUAGUAUCCUUAGUCGGAAAAACGUUGGAAUCAAAAAGAAAUUACAUGGGACCUUAGGUACGAGAGUUCCAGCGGCACCAACUGCAAUCCCACUACACAAAAUUAUUAUGAGACUGCCAAAGCUUUUUCCUCGAUCUGUAGAUGCUUCUACCAGGGAUUACAAAGAUUUUUGUUAUCAUACGGGUCAAUUGCAGGAGGAAUUACUGAGAACGCUCCCAUUCUAUCCAUACUGUGCCGAAUCUAAAAAGGCAGAAGUCGUUAAAACUACGGUGGAUGAUCAGGGGAAUUAUAUCAAUGAGUUUUGUAUUACUCCAGUGAAACCUAGUGUUCCUUCCCAUAAAAUGAAACAUUUAAUCUGUAUCCAUGGGUAUGGUGCAGGAUUAGGUUUUUUCUUGAAAAAUUUAGAAGGUAUUCCGCUAUUGGACAAUAGUUGGGUUAUACAUGCUAUUGAUUUACCAGGCUAUGGAUUUUCAUCUCGUCCCAAAUUUCCCUUCAAAUACCCAAAAGACUCUCUAUCACAAGUGCAUUCAUGGUUCCAUGAUCGUAUACAUACAUGGUUUAAGAAAAGAGGUCUUUUGGUCAACUCCCAGAAUAAUCUGGUAAUGGCUCACUCUCUCGGAGCAUAUUUGAUGGCAUUAUACACAACCAAAUAUACAACUCAUUUUAAAAAACUUGUUAUGUGCUCGCCCGCUGGUGUCUGUAAAUCUACUACCGCUAAGAAUAUUGGUAAUACGACACCUCCUUGGUGGUAUACCAAAUUGUGGGAUCUUAACAUUUCACCCUUUUGCUUAGUGCGUAAUGCAGCUGCUUUGGGAUCAAUGGUUACUAGUGGUUGGUCAUAUCGAAGGUUUAAUAAAUUGUUGCAAAGCAAUUCAAAUACAAACCUGGAUCGCUUGCAAUUUGAAGCCUUGCAUAGGUAUGCAUAUGCAAUUUUCAACCGACGUGGAUCAGGUGAAUAUCUUUUAAGUUUUGCUCUAAGUUGCGGUGGAGAUCCAAGAUUACCAUUAGAGGACACAAUUUUUAAGGAUAAAACUAGUGGAAUUUUUCGAAGUAAUUGCGAAUGGAUUUGGAUUUAUGGUGAAAGAGAUUGGAUGGAUGUUAAUGGUGGUGAACGUGUUUCUAGAUUUAUAGAAAAUCAAGGCGGUAGGAAGAGUCAAGUUCAUGUAGCACCAAAUUCUGGGCAUCAUCUGUAUUUUGAUAACCAUAAAUUCUUUAACAGUUUUAUAGUUAAACAAAUGAAGGAUAUGUAG